GGCGUGGCUGUUUCCGUCACUUAGCUUCGUUCUGGGUUCCUUCGUUACGUGAGGCCGACUUGGAGGGAAGUGGACGUUGCCAAGAAGAAAAGAAAUAGGCGAAGGGAGCAGAAACAGCAAAAAGCACCACUUAAAAGCUGCUUCAGGAGCAGUGAAGUGUCUUCAUGGCAGUUCGUCGAGGACACAUUAAGUAUAUGAAAGCUGACUUGCAGGAGGUGUAUGACAUGUCGAACGGUUAUGAAGACCACAUGGGAGGGGAUGAGGGGAAGGAUGCCAAGACCAACCUGAUCGUGAACUACCUCCCUCAGAACAUGACGCAGGAUGAGCUGCGGAGCCUCUUCAGCAGCAUUGGGGAGGUGGAGUCUGCCAAGCUAAUAAGAGACAAAGUUGCAGGCCACAGUUUAGGGUACGGAUUUGUUAACUAUCUUAACCCUAGUGAUGCAGAAAGAGCUAUCAGUACACUGAAUGGACUAAGGCUACAGUCCAAAACUAUCAAGGUGUCAUAUGCACGGCCCAGCUCGGACACAAUAAAGGAUGCUAACCUGUACAUCAGCGGACUUCCCAAGAACAUGACCCAGAAGGACGUGGAGGACAUGUUCUCACGUUACGGGCAUAUCAUAAAUUCCCGGGUACUUGUUGAUCAAGGUACAGGUACGCAAGGUUCAUCCCGUGGAGUGGCUUUUAUCCGUUUUGACAAGCGUGCAGAAGCGGAGGAGGCUGUCAAAAACCUAAAUGGUCAAAAGCCACCAGGAGCCUCGGAGCCAAUCACAGUAAAAUUUGCAGCCAACCCAAACCAGGUGAAGAACACACAGCUCCUCUCUCAGCUCUACCACAACCAAUCCCGACGCUUUGGAGGACCCUUACACCACCAGGCACAGCGGUUUAGGUUUUCUCCCAUGGGUGUCGAUCACAUGAGCAGCAUGGGAGGCGUCAGUGUCCCUGGAAACUCCACCUCUGGCUGGUGCAUCUUUAUAUACAACCUAGGCCAGGACGCAGACGAGAGCAUCCUGUGGCAGAUGUUCGGUCCCUUUGGUGCCGUGACGAAUGUCAAGGUCAUCCGAGAUUUCAACACCAACAAGUGCAAAGGCUUCGGCUUCGUUACCAUGACAAACUACGAGGAGGCCGCCAUGGCCAUCGCCAGCCUGAAUGGCUACCGGCUUGGAGACAAGAUACUGCAAGUGUCCUUUAAGACCAGCAAGGGCCACAAGUAGAAUAAGCCGGACAAUCAGGUGUAGAAGAAAGCGGGAAGUAACCCAUGUCAGGCUUUUAUUGCAGAAAGCUUAAGUUUUCAAUGUUAGACACACCAGUUUCAGUUUCAUCAUAUUCAGAGUUAAGUGACAUGUUCACUCUUCUGCACCUUUGUAAUUGUCUCAAAAGUGUCUAAGGUUUUCUUUUCUUUUCUCCAUUGUUGUUUGUUUGGGGUUCAAGGACACUCAAUUUUAAUUUGGAGUGGAUGGAGAGGCUAAAAUCCCAAAUUACCACCAACAUUUUUUUGUGAAACUUAUCUCAAAAACUAAAAUCCUGUCUAUAUGUGUUGCAUGUAAAGCUGUAGGAACUGCAUAAAGGAGGCAAACCAAUGAUUCUUAGCAGUGCACUAAAAACAAACAAAUCAGAACAUUGUAAAAGAUCCCAAGUGUGAACUUUUCAAUGAAUGAUUUGGUGUAAAGAUAGGGUUAAAGACUGCCCUCCCCCUUUUAAUGAGACAGUUUUACUGCGGAAGAGCAGUGCUCUGUCCUGGUUCCUCAUCACAAGUAGAAAUAGAUGCCUUAAACGAUCAUACAGUGGACAUCCAGUAGACCUUUUAACUACUCACUACUACAAGUCAGUCUAAGAGCAUAGCACUUUUAGCCAGCCAGCUUUAGGUUGCUCUGUAUAUCAGUCUUUUUGAUGGUAAUCUAUUACUUCUGUAUACCUUCCAGGCAGGUUUAAGAGUUCUUAAAAGAAACAGUGAGCCCUAGAAGGGAAAUGUUUGUUUUGUUAUCCAUAUGUAAAGUGUCUUUAAUUAUAAGUUGUUUGAUGCGAGUUGCAAAUGAACCCCAGUCAGUGAGUCACAAAUUAAAAUGGACCAAAGGCAGGGAGAGAUACUGAUAACCUCGCAAGAGUUUUUCUAAGCAGAUGUUCAAGAUAAAUAUUUUGGAGCCCAAUUGAUACUGGAUUCUCAUUGGCCAAUGUUUGUUUUUUUUUGUUCACCAUAAUCUGCAGAUACUUAAAACCUCUGUGAUUAAGCUGAGAUUUACAGGUAUCAGCUGAGCUCUAGUUAUUAAUUUUUUUUCUUUUGUUCUUUUGAUGAGGUACUAAUUAUUUACACAUAAUACUGAUUCUUACUGAGAGCAAUGCCACUAGCUGUUUGCUGAUCUGUUGAUUUUUGUUUUGUUUUUUUCCUUUUCCUUUUGAGUUUAUUUUCUUUUGAUUAUAUUUCUUUGUAGAUUCAUACAGUUUUGUUACCGUAUUAAGUUACAAACUUGUUUUAACGAGUGCUUAUCUCGAAUGGCCUUUGUUAUGGAUUUCAGUUUAGAUUUAAUUUUCUUCCUUUCUUUUGUUUUGCUUGUUUCCCUUUGAACAUAAACCAUUAAAUUUUGUUUUGUUUUGCUGCAA